CCAUGGCCGCCCCCGGUCCCGGCCCCGCCAUGGCCGCCCCCCCCCGCCUCGGCAUCCAGAUGCUGCUGGAGGCCGCCGAGUUCCUGGAGCGGCGGGAGCGAGAAGCCGAGCACGGUUACGCCUCGCUGUGGCCCGGCGGGAAGGACGGCGAGGCCCCGCGGCGCCGCGCCAAGGCCCGGAGGAGCGGCGGCGGCGGCAGGUCGACACACAAUGAGAUGGAAAAGAACAGGCGUGCCCAGCUCCGGCUGUGCCUGGAGAGGCUGAAGGGGCUGGUGCCGCUGGGGGCGGCGGCCGGGCGGCACACCACGCUCAGCCUCCUCACCAGGGCCCGCCUCCACAUCCAGAAGCUGGAGGACCAGGAGCGCCGGGCCCUGCACCAGAUCGAGCAGCUGCAGCGGGAGCAGCGGCACCUGCAGCGGCAGCUGGAGAAGCUGGGCAUGGAGCGGGUCAGGAUCGACAGCAUCGGCUCCAGCCUCUCCUCCGAGCGCUCCGACUCGGACCAAGGUGAGAGCCGGCGCCGGGGCGCGGCCGCGGGGAGGCCCGGCCCCGCCGGAGCCCCAACCCUUCCCGUUCCCCCGGCAGAAGAGAUGGACGUGGACGUGGAGAGCACGGACGACCUCCCGGCCGAGCUGGACUGGAGCAGCAGCAGCCCCAGCGACUCGGACGAGCGCGGCAGCCUGCAGAGCCUGGGCAGCGACGAGGGCUACUCCAGCUCCGGCGGCGCCAGGGCCAGGCUGCCCGGCAGCCGCAAGCUUCCCGCCGGGAUUUAGGGAGCUCUUCCCGGCUCCGUGCCCUCGGCGUCCCGUUAGCCAGCACAGCGACCCCGCCAGCAUUCCCUGCACGGAACCCCCCCGGCCCGGCUGCUCCCGGGGCUCCGUUUGCACCUCCGGCCUCUCUGCUCCGCCCGGGAAUGUUCUGGCAGCGACAGCGACCUCAGGAGCCUUCCCCGGGCUCUCUGCCCGGUGUUGCCCAUCUCCCGACGCUCCCGACGCUCAGGAGGUUUUUUGGGAGCGGACCCGAGGAGGAGCCGGUGCUUUGUGGGGUUUCCAUCCGCGGAGCCUUUCGGGCGCAGGGAUCGGCCUCAGUCGGGGCUCCUUCCCCCGACUCUAAAUCUUCAGGGACGCCGUGCCAGCCCCGCCGCGGUCCCGGAGCAUUCCUGCCUGGGGGCAGGCUCGGGGCCGUGCCCACCCCUGGGGUCGAGGUGCCCCUCCUGGAAUGUGGCACGGCCUUGCAGGCUCCUGCAAUUCCCUUCCCGCACUCUCGGGGACUUUUUUCUACCUCGGAGGGAGCCCAGGGCCUCUCUCCACCCCUUCAGCACAAAGGUGAUGCCUCUGCUCAGCAAUAACCCCGCGGGAUUCCCCGGCUCCAUCCGCCCGGGAUUGCUCCAGGCUCGUGGAAGGUUCCAGAAGCCACCACAGGGAGGGCAGGGGCUUCCCAGCCGUGGUGUGGAUUCCUUUCCCAGUGCGCUGGAGGGAUCAUUCCCACCCCUUCCUGCUCUUGGAGAUGCUCUGGGAAUGUUGGCUCUGUGUGCAGAGCUCUGCUUCCAGCACCUUCCUUUUCCCCUCAGGCUGGUCCAGGGCUUUUCCAGACCCUGCUGAGAAGUCUGGGGAGCCCUCCCGGGGCUGGGAUGGAUCCCUCCCGGGGCUGGGAUGGAUCCCUCCCGGGGCUGGAUCCCUCCCGGGCUGGGAUGGAGCCCUCCCGGGCUGGGAUGGGUCCUUCCCGGGGCUGGGAUGGAGCCCUCCCGGGCUGGGCUGGAGCCCUCCCGGUUUGGGAUGGAGCCCGGGCUGGGCUGGAGCCCUCCCAGGUUGGGAUGGAGCCCUUCCGGGGUGGGAUGGAUCCCUCCCGGUUUGGGAUGGAGCCCUCCCAGGGCUGGAGCCCUCCCGGGCUGGGAUGGAGCCCGAGCCUCUGCCGGUGCCUCUCAGGAAAUGCAGGUGCUGAAAGGCUUCAGAUGCUCCGUGGAGUGCGAGGGGAUGGAUGAGCAGCAGGAGACUCCAGUGCUUUUUCCUUUCCUUUGUCCUUUCCCUUCCUUUUUUCUUACCCCCCCCCUUUUUUUUUUUUUUUG